GCCAUCUUUGUUUCAUACGCAAUUAAGGCGUAACGUUGAGGGCUGGUUUAGAAUCUUCAAAUUUAAUUUACAUGGUACAGCAACAGGUUUAUAUUGUGUUCAUCUCCAAAGAAGAAACUAUCUUCAAAAACUGUCGUAACUAUGUGCAUCCUGGGGAGCCUCUAUGCAGUAUCCUUGGCAGUGUAUGAGUAAUGGAGCGGGGAGAGCAUCUCUGGCUUCUCAACACAACCAGCAGAAUAAUUAUGAGACAAAUAAGGAUGAUGGACUAAGAUGCUGACAGAAGUGACUAAGGCUUUCUUUUAUAACAGGCUGUGUGUGAGCCGGGGAACUGGACUGGACUGUGGUGUUUCGAGGAGGUGGGAGAGGAGGUGGAGGAGCAGGAGGGAGAAGUGAGGGGCAGGCUGGACAGAUGGAGGACGGCACCCAACACCUGGGACACUGCAUGGUGGACAUGAAGGAGCUGAGCGCCAACCCUGAAGGACUGACCGCUGCCGGUGUUAUUCUGACACCCAAGCUGCCUCAGGUGGAGUUCAGCCUUGCCUGUAAUGAUCUUGUGGCCUCAGGCAGAGACAGGAAGCCCAAUGCUUUGGUCCAGGUGGCUGUCAUAGAUCCCCACAAGCAGCACCUCGUCUCUCAUGCCUGCACAGAGAUAGUGGAGGCGAACAAAGACCCGCUGUUUCUGACGGGGGUGACCUUCCCUUCAGAGUAUCCUGCUAGCCCGGAGACACUAGUCAAGCUGACUGUGUAUGAUGCAAAGGACAAGAGCCAGGAAUCAAGCACCUUCCUGGGUAGUGCCACAUUUUCAGUAGGCGAUCUGCUGAGGGCUAAAGAUGAACGUCUGACCUUGAGUCUCAGGUCAUCUGAUGGUGUGUGCGCAGCAGGAACAGUGGUGGUGAGUCGUCUGAAGAUGGGGGAGAUGGAAGAGGUUGACGUAGAUCACAUCACCACCGACAUACCGUCGCAUAAGUGUCCCGUGGUUUGUGAGUCUGCGUCCCAUGCCUGCAUCGACAGAGAAAAUAAUCCACUGACAGGGCCAGUGUUCAAGAACCCAGUAUGCAAGGUGUACAGAUUUCAAACAGUGGACAGCAAGUGGAUGCUUGUGCGCGAACAAAUGGAGGAAUGCACAUUGUCCUUCAGCAUCCCAAAACAGCUACUCUCCCUGUAUAUUCAGGAGGACAUGAGCAGGGUGCAGGACCUGAGGGAGCUGGGGGAGCUGUCUCCUCACUGGGACAACUUAAGAAAAGAGGUGAUGACACGAUAUGGAGGAAUCAUCAACUCCUACCAGGAGACUCUGGCUGAACUGGACAAGAUUACUGGACGUUCAUUCAAGCCAAGCUGCUGCAAAGCCCAGAAAUCUCUGGAGUUCAUCCCAAUAAACCUGCACACCCAGAGGAUGAGGGUGACGUGCCCCAGAAAAACAGAUGCAUUCUAUGACAUUGUCACCGUCGGUGCGCCGGCAGCCCACUUCCAGGGCUUCAAAUGUGGUGGUCUGCAGCGUCUCCUUAGCAGAUAUGAAGCAGAGAAAAAGAGCUUCAGCACUGCCUACCAAUGUAUCUACUACUCUCCAGAGCACACAGCCAAAGCUCAGGAGGUACUCAGUACCGUGAGCCUCCUCCAGCCCCUCAUCACAAGCUUAGCAGACCAGCUCCUCCAGGCUGCCCAGGAGCACUCAUCCCCUGGACUGAGGGAUGCACUCAAGAACCUUUCUGACAAGACAGAACAAUUUGUUCACACACUUAAGGAUGAAUUGGUCAAGAGUGCACUGCUAGCACUACACGCAGCGCGGCCCGGGUACGUUUCCAAGAACCAGAAGCAGACCCCAGUGCAGGGAGGUCAGCAUCAAGGUCACAUCCAUCAGGGCAGCGACCAAAAUCAGAGCCCAGUCCAGGGACUUCCAGGCCACAGUCCAGCCACGUCGGUCACUGAGACCACAGCCGUGUGUAACAAUGUGGACGGGUCACAGACCACAACCAGAGGAGAUGGUGGGCCGAAGCACCAAGACUCUAUUCCGCACCAUAAAGAGUACGACGAGGAGGAAUGGGACAGGGUGUGGGCCAACGUGGCCAAAUGUCUCAACUGUGUAAUUGCCAUGGUGGAUAAACUCCAGGAGGAAGACAACAGCAAGCCGGAGCCUGUCCCCGAGCAGCAGCAGCUAGCGGAUGUUAUCACCUCACACAACCCUGGCGACUGGAGAGAGCAGCUGCGUCCGCCAGUGACCAGGUUAAAGGAGUGUGUGAUGGAGGUGGUGGAGAAGGCCAAGAGAGCCAUGACCUUUGUGCUCCUGCAGGAGGCAGCCUGCAGCAUACCACAGGGCUUCUUCCUCCAGCAAAGGCGAGACGUGGUCUUCAGUCAGGCACUGGCAGCCUUAGCCUGUGGGUUUGUCAUGAGGCUAUAUGCAGGAAUGCAAGACAAAGGCUUCCUGAGGCAGCUCCACCUGGUUGGCCUGGUGGCCCAGUUUGAGAGCCUGCUCAGCACCUACAGUGAAGAGAUUGGGAUGCUGGAGGACAUGGAGGUUGGAAUCUCAGACCUUCAGAGAGUCGUGUUCCAGAUCACAGAGGCCAAGACAGAUGACCUCAGUGACCUCCAGCCUUUAGUGUGUGGCCGAAGAGACCACUUCACUGUUGAAGUGCCAUUACCACGACUGGUUUUUCAGACCUUGCCAGAGGAGAUCAGGGGGGGCAAACCUCUACGAGUAUUCCCGGUGCUGUUUAACGUUGGCAUCAAUGAGCAGCAAACUAUAGCUGAGAGGUUUGGAGAUAUCUCUCUACAAGAAAGAAUAAACCAGAGGAACUUUGAGAUGUUAGAGGCCUAUUACAAAUCAUUAAGUGAAAAGGUGCCACUAGAAUGUCUACCAUGUUUUCAGACACAGACUGACAUAAAGGAAUUACUUGAAACCCUGGGCCAGAAUGUAGUUACAAAGAAGAAGAAGAAUGUGGAGAUACUAUGGAUUGCUGGAACGAUCUGCCGCAGGUUAAAUGGCAUCAGGUUUACCAGCUGUAAAAGUGCCAAAGACCGGACAUCCAUGUCUGUCACAUUAGAGCAGUGUGCCCUCCUACGCGAUGAACACCAGCUCAGCAAGGAUUUCUUCAUCCGUGCUCUGGACUGUAUGCGGAGGUGACUCCUUGGGCAAUGCAGAACUCCUGGGUUGUCCUGGGUUAAGGUGUGUUACCCUGACAGAAGGUUGGAAGAGGUAGAGUUGCACCUAACAUCUUGAAAUGCUGAUUGUGAUUUAGUUUGGAAAAUGUGUCACAAUUCUGUAACAAGCUCAUGUCUUCAAAUUAUUUGUUUGUCUGCUUUCCACCAACAAUUCAAAAAUGUUAAAGUAAUGAUGAUGAUACAAAAGAGCUACAGGUUGAAUAUUCUCACGUGUAAAAAGCUGGGACAGCAAAUAUUUGGUAUUUUUUUCCCUUUAUAAAUGAUCAAUUUGUAGUCAGCUCUUCUUCACUGUUUACUGACUACUAUAUUUGGCAGUAACACAAUGCAGCACUUACUGUAAGCUGACUUACGUUUGACAAGUGCUCAAUCUGGGAUAGUGGCAUAGUUGAGAUGUUUAAGCUGCCUGUGCGGAUCAACUCUGACAGCAGUUGUGUGAAAAGUAAAGAGGAACCAGAAAUCAUUGUCACUUUACUUUGAGGCAAACACAUCUUUUAUUUUAGCGUAGUUAGUGUUUUCUCAUUGUAAAGUAUGUUCCUGUUGGUAUGCUUUGAUUCCUAUAUAACUCUUCACUCAGCCGAUGGUCUCGGCCUCACAGACGCUCUUUGCCAGAUUGUUCUUCGGCACUCAUGCACGACUCUCCAGCAUUUUUCCUACCUUUCCUACCUUCCCGUUGCGAACCCUGCCUGCCUCUGACCAACCCAUCUCGUCUGUUCCCAGGUAAACGCACCGGCUUUCUGUCCCCAGCUUUGAGAUUGGUCACUGCAUCCUCGGUUACUGUUUAACAUGUGGCUGCCUGAUGAGUCAGGUUCCCCAUGGCUUCCUGUGGCUCAGAGACUGUCACUGUGUUGCCACAUUUCCUAUCAUAAUGACACAGAGAUUUGUCUGGGACCCAAAUGCUGCGCACAGAACUGCCUCUAUGUUACAAUAGAAUACACUACAUAAAAUAAAACAGCAUCAGCUGUGUGAGUCACAGCAAAUUCUGCACACACGUCACAAAAACCCCACAAUGAAACCGUUGCAAAAUCCCUUAAGCCUCACGCAGCUUUGUUCAAAACUUUGAUUGGAGUUGGCACAAAUGAAUUUUUAAAAACGACUGAGUUUACUGUCGGAGGACAUGUGAUGGAUUGGCCAAUUACUUCUGAAACUGAAAACAGUAAGUUAUCUAACCCCAACUGCUAUCAAGCAUUAAGACUGCACUCUGGGGCAAUGUAAAAAAAAAAAGGUCAUGUGGUUCUGAUAGGUCCAGAUUUAGCCUGUCCCAAAGUGAUGGGUGCAUCAGGGUGAGAAGAGAGGUGGAUGAAGUGAUGCACCCAUCACUCCUGGUGCCUACCACACAAGUCUGCGGGGGCGCUGCUAUGAUCUGGGAUUGCUUCAGUUGAUCAGAUCUCAGCAACAAUAUGUGUCCAAAAAACGAGGCCAGCUGAUGACAUGAGUAUGCUGAAUGACCAGGGUUUUUCCAUCAGUGCCUUUUUCCUUCCCUGAUGGCACGCGCAUAUUCCAAGAUGAGCCAGUGCCACAGACCAUCAGGAUCAAUUGGUGGAAGAGUGUCUCAGAGAGCAUGAAACAUUGUUUCCACACAUGGACUGGCCUCCGCAGAGUUCAGAACUUAAGCCCAUUGUGAAUCUUUUCCAUGCGCUGGAAAAGACUUUACGCUGCAGCCCGACGCUCCCCUCAUCAAUACAAGAAAGAUGUGAAAAAUGAAUGCAACUCUGGACGGAAGUAAAUGCUGUGACAUCCAUAAGCUUAUCAGAACAAUGCACAAAGAGUGUGCCCAAUCUAAGGUCUGGAACCAUCCCUGUAGUUCUGACAACAUUCAGAAUGAUAGUUGUCAUCACACCGCUGCACAAACGUUCCUAUUUCAAAGAAACAGAUUGACGGGCUUUUGUCUUUGUGCAGAAGUCCAAGGAUGACAGUGUUGUGAGAAAAUGUGAAAACAAGGUUCCCAGAGUGGCUGUUUGGACAUUCAUUCGUGCACAGUGUGAUAUGAACCUAAGAACAAACACACACAGGUAGGGCACCUGUGCUGACUGAUCUGGAGUAUGAAAGAAUGUCAUUAACUCUGACACACUGACUUCGACUGGUUAAAAGAAGGAACGCUUGUUCCUCCGCCUGCUGACUCACCGGUUUCCCAGCGUGAUUCAGCACACCAUAUCAGCUGGUCCACCAGAGACGUAUCUGUAUCAUUACUCGUCGUUAAACCUCAUCGCCAACUAUUCCUGGUAUCACGCGUGCUGCAGUUGGGUCCUAACACAACACCGUUACAGGAGGACCGAGCGACAGGAAUCAGAAUGAACCCCCCUGCCUCAGACCGAUGGGAAAAAACUGUAUUACCGGUGCUGUGAUGUGUAGAUGUAGCCCAAAGAAAAUCCCAUCCUGACAUGUUUUAAGACAUAGAAAAACUUGAUCUUGACAUUGAUCUUCCACAAAAUUGCACACCUUGAUGCCCCAAAAUCAGACUGAAUGUAAAAAAAGACUUUCUCAGCAGAUGAAUGUGAAAACAGGCCGCUAGUAUCAAACUCUGCACACACCUCACGGAGCUCCAUCAUCAAAGUGAGAGAACAAUAAGCGACACGUGUUUUUGGGGACAUUCAGUUGCUUGGUUAUGUAAAAAUCUGUCAAACACAUGGAGUGGAGCACUGACGACAAUAUGUCUCUCUCAAACGCAAUAUAGUUCAUUUAAAAGUGCUUUUUUGUAAGAAAUAAAUUUUUGAGUGUCAUUCCCUAAUAAUGACACUGUGGGAUGACAGCUGAUCGACCUACAAUCCCGAAGUGUCAGUGAUUGACGAGUUUGGAAUGAGACUCCAGUACGUUUCUCUAACAGCUGUAGUGACAUUAACUGUAAUUGAGCAUAUUAACAUGUUACACAUAAAACCUAACAAGCACAUUGACAGCUUCAAUAAAAUGCUGCUUUUAAGAUAA